AUGGCCGCCACGUUCCACCACGUCGUGCUCCACCAGCCUUCGAUCGCAUCGAUGGUGUUUGAGUUUCAUUUUGGGCUGUAUGAAGAUGUGCGUUCAGCCGUCCGCGCCUGCAAGCAGCUCGUCGCAUUGGACGCCGCGCGAGGCGUGUACACGUGCGACGCAUCGUUCCCGACGGCGUUUGCGCUCAACGUCGUCUGGGACGGUCCCAUGCAUUUUCGCGCGUCCUCGCAUAGUCUCCGCAGUGGGAAGCGCGAUGACCGCUUGCCGCUGCACUUGGCCAUUGCCGAAGGCUUUAUGCAGCUGACCCAGCGCAUGCUACGCUGCCGACCGGACCUCGCUUAUGAAGACGCCAUUCUCUUGGCCUUUUACAAGAAUCGCCUCGAGACUGUCGAGCUUCUACUGGAGCUGCGAUCGAGUGUGCCAGAGCUCUAUCGACGCUUCGACGCUGGAUCCCCACCGGGUUACGCGCGACGUCCCAAUUUUAUCGUGCGGUCCAUCUUGCCCGCUAUGCUAGCCCGAGAAGACUCCAAAGGCGUCGAGCUGCUCCAACGAUUUGACUCGCGCCCCGAUAUCUUUGCACUGGAGAUCGUCCGCGACGCCAUUCUGAGCGCGACGCUGGACAACUUGACGCUCGCCGUCAACACAUUUUCGCGGCUUGUGUACCCUGGUCUCUUGGACGAUAUUGCGGGUCGAGGUUUCUUGCCGCUCGUGCGAACGCUGCACGAACGCGGCUGCAGCUGCUCAGAAAGAGCCAUGGAUUACGCUGCUGCGAACGGUCAUUUGGAGGUCGUCCAGUUCCUCCAUUUCAACAGGACGGAAGGCUGCACAACGUAUGCGCUCGACCGUGCCAUUUACAAUGGCCAUUUCGACGUUGUCUGCUUCCUUAUUGAGCAUCGAAUGGAAGGCGCGUCGCCCAACAUCCUCGACCGUGCUGCUGCCGACAGCCGCAUUGAUAUCGACCAGUACCUCCAUCUCAGGACUUGGAUCCUGGCACGCCACUGCUAA